AUGGAUUCCAAAAAAAGCACAAAUGGUGACUUUGUGACAAUUCAUAGACAAGACUUACAGAGAUUGAUUCAACAAGUGAACACCAUGAAGGAUGGUAUCCCAAAACUUGCCAGGCAGUCUAACAAGCUAAUGAAUGAAAUGCGUAAUUUAGAAAAAGUUGAACAAGAACUGUAUGAGAGCCGGAGUACUGUACAGACUCUGCAAGGAGAAGUAGAUCACUGGAAGGCAAAGUAUAAUGGUCUUUUGGCACAACAGGAUAUUGAACGUGAGGAAAAAUUCAAGCUGAAAUGUGAGAUUGUUGAAUUGAACCAACAGGUAUCGCAACAAUCAGACUAUUGUUCUAGUAUGGGGGCAGCUUGCUGUACCCUGCUUUGGAGGGUGUCUCGAGUGGAAGAUACCAUACAAUCAAUGUUGGCUGAGGCAAAAAUAGAUGACUUCUUGCAGUUGGUAGGGAGCACAGUAGAGACAUUCAGUAAUACAUACAAGAAUGACACUCCCCAACCUGAGAACUCUGAAGAGACACAGUUUGUACUCUCACUGUGUGGCAUUGUUACAAAUAUUGCUGCUUCUUCCUAUGGCAGAGACUUCUUGAUGACAAAACCUGCUGGGAGUGGCCUGGUAGAUACCUUCAUAAACGUCCUGGCUGAGACACCCAGGCAGCAGUGCCCAAAGAUGAAAAAUUUAAUCCUGAUGAGUCUUUUCAACAUCAGCAUCAAUCAAAAAGGUUUGAAGCACUUAAGCAGCAAGAACAACAUAAUGGCUCUUCUUGUGUGGCUACUUACAGAGGAGUCAGAGCCUGAAAUAAAACUGCAUUCCAUCCGCUUGAUCCAGAGUUUGGUAUACGAACAGAACAAUGUGACAGUGAUCCACCAAAUAAAGGAGGUCCUACCUAAGACAUUACUGCAACAGCUCUCCACUGAUAGACUUCCAGUCAUACGUGAAGCUGCCAUUGAACUGGGAAAUGAUCUGACAUUGCUCCAGAUCGAGAUUUGAAUUGGGAUUGUGGUGAGGCUUUACAGGCCACAUUGCUGGAUUUUAAUCGGUAUUCCGGUAAAGCUUUAGAAGCCACAUUGCUUCAGACAGAGAUUUGAAUUGGGAUUGUAAAGAAGCUUUACAAGCCGUCCUCCUUCUCUGGGAAAUAUCCAACAAGAAAUCAUUCAAAAUGGGAUAAUCAGGAAAGCGAAUUAGUCUUAGGUACAAGCAUUAUUCCAUUUAUAAUUUAUAUUUUUUAAGUUUUGUGACUACAUUGUACCUACAAUGUGUAGAUCUUCACCUUUGUAUAAAUAAUAUAAUAUAAUCAACCGCACAGUAAUAUCUUUCUAGAAAUGAGUGAUUCUCCAAAAACCACAACAAAAAUUCACUAGAAACAAAAUUAGCACAACCAAUAGCAAGUAUUGAGGUGUACAGUCAGCAUUACUAGUUGUUUAUUCAGAUGCAAAACCAAGUGGAUGUGUUGCCAAUGACCAGUUGAUUUUAACAGAACAAAGAUGUUGCUUGAAAUGUAGUUAAUUUGAUUUUGUAUUGCUUUUGAUAUAAUUAUGCUGUUACAGAAUUGUGCAUGAAUACAAAGCAGAUAAAACACUAUUCUUUGUUUUCGUUCUUAGAGAUAUGAUCCAGUAAUAGCACCCCGGGAAUAGCACGUUUGAAUAUCCCCAUUGGAAAGGUGUUAAAGCAUGUUUUAAAAAAGCGUUUGAUUCAAUAAAAAUAGUGA